AUGCCUAGCUUAGGAGGAUUGUUGAAAAAGAGGCGAACCAAGUCGCAGACCUUGUCCAGCGAACUGUCCGCAGCCGACCCCAAUCAUAAUACCAACCCCACGCCCGAAAGGCACGCCAUGCAACCCGCCGUGACGUCGCAAGGAUCUCCGCACGCUGACCAGCAGUCCAACAAUGCCGCCAGUAUUAACAAUAUAAUAAAUUCCCCGGCCAAUUCCCAACAGUCUACCCAGCAGCAGCAGACUUCUCAACAUCAGCAUGGCCAACAGCCUACUACUCGUCAGGAGCGUACUACAAGAGGGAAGUACUCGCAGGAGGACUUCCUUCUACAGCGCACUCUAGGUACUGGUAGCUUCGGUCGAGUUCAUCUUGUUCAAUCCAAGCACAAUCACCGCUUCUAUGCGAUGAAAGUGCUCAAAAAGGCCCAGGUCGUCAAGAUGAAACAAAUCGAACACACCAAUGACGAGCGUCGGAUGCUCAACCGGGUCCGGCACCCGUUCCUAGUGACACUAUGGGGAACGUGGCAGGACUCGCGAAACCUGUAUAUGGUCAUGGACUUUGUGGAGGGUGGUGAGCUAUUUAGCCUACUGCGCAAGUCACAGCGAUUCCCCAACCCGGUGGCCAAGUUCUAUGCUGCUGAGGUUACUUUGGCCUUGGAAUAUCUGCAUCAGCACCAGAUUAUUUAUCGUGACUUGAAGCCUGAGAAUCUUCUCCUCGAUCGUCACGGUCAUUUGAAGAUCACAGAUUUUGGUUUUGCAAAGGAAGUGCCCGAUAUCACUUGGACGCUGUGCGGUACACCCGACUAUUUGGCUCCGGAGGUGGUUUCCUCCAAGGGCUACAAUAAAUCUGUGGAUUGGUGGUCAUUGGGUAUCCUCAUCUUCGAGAUGCUGUGUGGAUUUACACCGUUCUGGGAUAGCGGGUCUCCAGUGAAGAUUUACGAGAACAUCCUGCGAGGCAAGGUCAAGUACCCGCCAUACCUACACGAUGAUGCAGUGGAUCUACUAUCUCAGCUGAUCACCGCCGACCUCACCAAGCGUCUGGGUAACUUGCACGGUGGACCCUCGGACGUCAAGAACCAUGCCUGGUUUUCUGAGGUCACGUGGGACCGACUGGAACGGAAGGAUAUCGAUGCUCCCUACAUUCCACCUAUUCGUGGAGGUCAGGGUGAUGCCAGCCUAUACGACAAAUAUCCAGAAGAGACAGAGCACUAUGGCAUUGACGGGGAAGAUGCAUACGGCCACCUUUUCCCCGACUUCUAA